AUGCAUUCCAAUACGAAACGCACCCUCGUCAGCAAUUUCAACGCCUACGGCAAUUUUGAUUUUUACCAACAACACGUCAAUGGAGGACUGCGGGCCCGGCUUUCCAGCCCAAGCGUGAUCGUCACAGUUGCUCUCGUUGCCGUCACGAUAGCAUACCAGACGGCACGCCAGCGGCGCCAGCUCCCCUCGGUUCUUCAGAUUCUAUGGGACAUUGUGAUUACUCUGGUUCCGGCUCGCCUCCUCUUUGCCAUUGAUCAGUUUUUAAACGCUUCACCCGCCCACAUGCUCCGCACGCAGCAGCCGCGGACUCGUGCGGCGAAAAGUGAGGCGCUACAGAGGAUUCUGGGACUCAACGAUGGCCGUGGGAUUAUCGGUUCCGUGUCGGAGGCUGGGCGCAAGGGCUUGAGCAGUCUGUCUAGCGCUGCCAUGGGAAAUAACGCGUCCUUCGAUACCCCACCGGGCCUAGGAAACUACGACAACUCCUGCUACCAGAACAGUAUUCUCCAGGGUCUAGCAUCCCUCAAACCCUUCACACCUUACCUGUCCGCCGUUUCUCUCGAGCGACGGCCUGACCUAUCGCCAACGCGAACCACCGACGCGCUCCGUGAGCUGUUGGCGAAACUCACCAGCCCUUCGAGUAAUGGGAGGACCAUUUGGACGCCUAAGGUGCUCAAGAAUAUGAGUACCUUUCAGCAGCAGGAUGCUCAGGAAUAUUACUCGAAACUGCUGGACCAGAUCGAUAACGAAAUCGCCAAAACCGCCCGUAUUCUCGCAGAUCCACCGGUUUUUGAGUCCUCCCGCCUGAGUUUUGAUUCCGUGGGGACCAACGGGAGUGACGAUAGCGGAUAUGAGAGCUUCCACGCACAUCCCAAGCAAGGGUCAAACACCCGAUUUUCUCGGAAUCCCCUCGAGGGGUUGAUGGCUCAACGGGUGGUUUGUGUGAAUUGCGGCCACUGCGAAGGGUUGACUAUGAUCCCCUUCAAUUGUCUCACAUUAACGCUCGGCAACCUCCCCGAACACGAUCUUUACGAGCGAUUGGACCAAUACACCAAGGUCGAACCGAUCGAGGGCGUCGAGUGCCUCAAAUGUUCGUUGGUGAUGUGUCGGGAUGUGAUCAAGGCGCUGAUUGAGCGCGCCGGAGAGUCCGCAAUGCUCCAGGAGCGGUUGCAGGUUCUCGAAGAAGCUCUUGAGGAAGAGGCGUUCGAUGAGGAGACGCUGACCAAGAAGUGCAAAAUCACGUCAAAGUCAAAGACAAGUUCGACCAAAACGAAACAAGUGGUCCUUGCCCGACCGCCGUCCAGCUUGGUGUUCCAUGUGAACCGGUCGGGGUUCGAUGAACAGACAGGCUACAUGUACAAGAACUCGGCCGACGUCCGCUUCCCUCUGGUACUUGAUCUAGGUCCUUGGUGCCUCGGUAGCAAACAUGGCCCCUUGGACUUGGAAAACAACUCAAUUGCCCAGGACAUGGAGCAGUGGAUACUAGAUCCCAAGGCGUCGAUGGUAUCAGGGGACCGGGAGCCGUCCAGGAUUACCGGCCCGAUUUACGAACUGCGCGCUGUUGUGACACAUCACGGGAGCCACCAAAACGGACACUAUGUUUGCUACCGCAAACACCCCUUCUCUUCACCACCGGGGAUGGGCAAGCGUACGGAGGCACACGGAGUUAGCGAGGCGAAUGAUACGGACUCGGACGGGGACAUCGACCUAGAGGAAUCAACGCCGGGCCACGACGUGCAACAGACCCAAUGGUGGCGCUUGAGCGAUGAGACUGUUUCGAUUGUGGACGAACGGACGGUCCUGUCGCAAGGUGGCGUGUUCAUGCUGUUUUACGACUGUGUGGACCCUAACCAAGACUUGCUUCCGGAUGUGAACCUAGUCUCGAACGGCACUGCAGCUAGGGCUGCCGAAACUGAGGCCCUCGCUGCGAGCGUUUCGGAGAACGACGUAUGUCUCACGGGGAAGCUGGAGGUGCCAAUGCAGCAUGACAACAUCUCACCAGCGCCACCAAGCUCGGCCAUGCCCAUCACAACGGAUACGCUCUCAUCGCGGUCGCGGAUAGGGGAGACGAUUGUUGAACGAUCCCCUUCUCCGACACCAGAGCGUGGUGAAGUCGUUGAGCACACCCAUCUGCUCGUCCGGGACUCGGACAUGGUGGAGGAAGCAGAGAUGCUAGAGACGAACGGUCAGGCACUAGAGCCAAUAUUCAAGCCUGAGGACGUUCCCAUCCCGGAUUCCCCUCCACAGGUUCCCAUAGCCGACGCUCUCGAAGCCGCGGGAGCAUAA